CUCCUCACAACUUGAUGGAGGGUCCCACCGAUGAACGGGCGAUAUUCAACGACAACCAGCGACAACGACUGGGUGUGAGUUACACAUCAUAUCAUCACAUUUUUGGUUCGGAAGUAACUGAAUCAAAUAAUAAUGCAAGUUGAGUGUAUCAUUGUCCUGACAAUCCUAGUUGCCUUGGCAUCAGCUGGUUGGAGAAUACAAACGGUCGAUGACCUCUUGCGGAAUAGGCAUAAGUGUGUGAAAAUACUGAAUCUGGAGAAUACACUCAAAGAUGAGUUCGAACUGUUUGAUUUCCCCGAGGAGACAUCGGCCAGAUGUGUGAUAAAGUGCAUUUUGAACAGGCUUGGCCUGUUCAGUGACAAACGAGGUCCUCACAUCGGCCGUUUAGUGAAACAAAUGAAAUACGCAUCGGUUUCAAGUACCAAGGAGAUUAAAAGAGAGGUCCAGGCUUGUGCCUAUACUAGGAUGGAACAAGAAGAUGGAUGUGAGAGGGCAUACGCAUUGUAUCAAUGCAUUCAGAAUAGCAAUCUCCGUUUGCUGCAGUCACCCGAUUCGAAGACUGAAUAAGUUACAUUUGAUACGAAUGAAAUAUAAAACAUAAUCACCCUCUACACGUGUAAUCAGUAUAGUUCGUUCAACCUCAUAAAUUUAGUUUUGAUGUGAUGUGUGCCCGAUGUGACAAACCCUCGAGCAAGCCUAUUUGGAGCCAGAUUAAACACUGUAUUGUUAAUAUUGCCGUGCAUGAGCAAAACCAAUAUUAAGCGAUUCGAUUUGUAAAUGCCAAAUAAAAACAAAAACAUUCUCGCUACUGAUACGAUUAUUGACCUAGGUUAUCGAAAA